AUGGCUGCCCGGCAGUCAGUGCGGCUGCUCGCACGCCAAAUCACCUCUCAAUGCUCACAACCUCCACCUCUCGCUCGACGAACAUUCUCCUCAAUCUCCCCCUGCCUCUCUGCGCAUAAUUUUGCGAUGCCUGCCAUGUCACCCACCAUGACCGAAGGAAAUAUUUCAAGUUGGAGAGUCAAAGAGGGCGAUUCUUUCUCGGCCGGAGACGUUCUACUAGAAAUCGAGACCGACAAGGCUACCAUGGACGUCGAAGCUCAAGAUGAUGGUGUUAUGGUCAAGAUCUUUGCUGAAAAUGGCACAAAAUCUGUCAAAGUUGGCGCAAGGAUAGCUGUGUUCGGUGACCCUGGCGAUGAUGUGUCGAGUUUAGAAAUUCCCCCCGACGACUCUAAACCAGUACAACCUGAGCCAAAGGCAGAAUCCACUCCACCGAAGGAGACAAAGACCACCCCGGAAACCAAGAAACCAGCAAAAGAUCAACCAAAAAUUACUCCUACCGGACCAGGCCAAAACCCGAAAUACCCUCUUUACCCCUCUGUCAUUGCCCUCAUCCAUGAGAACCAUAUCCCGGAUCAAGACGUCGCCAAAAUCACCGCCACUGGUCCGAAUGGUCGACUCUUGAAGGGCGACGUGCUGGCAUAUCUGGGCGCCAUUAAAUCCGACUACUCAGCCCAACAAUCUAAACGAAUCGAACACAUGGCUCACCUAGACCUAAGCAAUGUCAAGGUCAUGCCAACAGCACCCAAACCGACAGCUGCUCCUACGGCUGCUCCUCCAGCGGAAGUCCCUAUUCCAAAACUCAGCAGCAUCAGCUUGACCGUCUCCUUAGCCGAAGUACUCAAAGUACAGAAACGAAUCGAAGACACACUAGGCGUGACAGUACCACUGUCCACCUUCCUUGCCCGUGCUGUCGACCUAGCCAACGACGAUCUUCCCAAACCCGAGGAUACCAAACCCUCAGCCGACGACCUCUUCAAUGCCGUACUCGGAUUGAACUCCAUUCCCACGACCUCAAGGGGCACCUAUCUCCCUCAAAUUGAUGCGUUGCCCCACCCAACGCCUAGAAAAGCCCUCUCGCGAUCCAAACCAUCCAUAUCAAGGAAGCCGGACAUCAUCGACAUUUUAUCCGGGAAAGCUAUUCCUAAACGCUCUUCCUCUUCCUCGUCGCGGGUAGCAGGACGCAACUUGACUACGGCAGACGGCGCUAUAAACGUCUUCAGCCUGACAGUCCCAGCAGGUGAGGAACAACGCGCUCGCACCUUUCUCGAGCGCGUCAAGACCGUAUUGCAAGUUGAACCUGGAAAAUUAAUCCUCUAG